AUGGUGUCGACCAAGGCGGCCAAAGCGGCUGGGUCCUUGAGUAGCAAGAUUCCGUAUGAACUUCUCGCGCCCCAAGCUUUGAUUGGACUGGUAGACGCUUUGUCAUAUAUGGUGACGGCCCCAUCCCUUGUCUUCUACGUUCUUCAAUCCGGUGGAACGUACGGUCAGUAUGGAAUGAUUUUAUCUAUUUACAGCUUUGCUUCUUUUGCUUUCAAGCCUGUCCUUGGCUAUUGGUCCGACAAGUCCGGUGGAAAAUUUCGAAUGCCAUAUCUGUCAUCCAUUUUCGUCGCAGCUUUCGGAGGUUGGUUGUACUUCUUGGCCAGUGCCUUUUCGGGAAAUGCCGCGAUUCUCGUCAUCUUUUUUGGACGUCUGCUUGGAGGCAUAGGAGCUGCUCAGGUUAUUCCAAAAGAAAAUUUGACCCAAGCUAGCGCCGUUUUGAGUAUGACACGGAUUGUUGGAAUGGUAAUCGCCCCCGGUUUGAAUGUCUUCUUAGCUUGGAUUGACAAGGACAUCUAUUUGGGAUCAUUCUCGCUAAAGUUGGAUCCUUUGAACAGCGUUGGUUUGUGCAUCAUGUUUGGCAACGUAGCCGCUUUUUUCAUCGUUUAUUUUUUGUUGGAAGAACCACAAGAAUCCACUAGACCUCGACGAGCAAGUAUUGACAGCGUUGACGGACGCAGUUGGAAAUUUUGGAAGAAUAUCUUUACUAUGGACAUCAUGGUCCCCAUGCUUUCCAUUUUCUGCAUGAACGCCAAUUUCCAGCUUCUAGAGACGAGCAUGGCACCGGCUGCUAGUGACGCGCUUGGUUGGGGACCGAUUGGAGUCUCCUCCAUUUUUGGGACGAACGCAUUCUUCAUAUUCUUUGCCGUUAUUGUUACUUUAAAGCUGUCAGAAUGGGGCGUGUCGGAUGAGGGCUUGCUCAAAAUUGGUCUUUGUUUCUCCAUUGCAGGAUAUUCAUUGGUGUACAUUCUAUGGGAAAAUCCUACCAAUGUCAUUCAGUUUUUCGUACCGAUUGCUCUUUCGACUUGUGCUUUUCCGUUCAUGGGUGCCCCCACCCGCAGCCUCUUUACUCGAUUUGUCGACAAGAAUCAUUAUCUUCGGAAUCACCAAGGAUCCAUGCAAGCACUCUUGUCGAUGGUCGCGUCUGCGGCUGGAUUUUUGGCACCUGGAUUUAUUUCAGCAUAUGUUCUACGCAAACCGGAGGAAGUAGCGGCCAGUUCCAAUCACCGCGAGCUCGCUCCGCUCGCUCUGUUCGCACCGAUACUGAGCGCCUUGACUUUGAUUGGCUUUCUUUGCUUGGAACGUAAAACACGUCUAGGAAAACCCCUGGACGAAUCUUCAAAAGUAGACGAAGCUACAUCAUUAGUGGAACAGGGGGAAGUUUUGAAGGAGGGCGAUGAAUGGAUACGAGAGUUCCAUCCCCGAGUCGAAGCUUAUCGUCGAAACUCGGUGACCCUCAUGGGCAUUCCGCAGAUCUGUCUCGAUCAAACGCCCAACGUCGCGAGCCGUCGGCAUUCCACCGCGGUCUCCUUGGGAACUCAUCCGGCUGCCUAUUCCGAGGCCCGACGGGCAACGACGCUUUUCUAA